AUGAAUCCCACCACCCAACCCCCACCGCAACCACCGCCAUUGUUACCGCCACAACCACCGCCACUUCAACAGCCAUUGCAACCUCACCGACCUUCAACCUCCUGCGACCGCCAUCCCCAGGAGCAGUUCACCGGCUUCUGUCCCUCAUGCCUCUGCGAACGCCUCGCCGUUCUCGAUCCCAACUCUUCUUCCUCCACUCGCAAGCCCCCUACGUCCUCCACCGCCGCCGCCGCCCUUAAAGCCAUUUUCCGACCCUCCACCGCCGCACGCGCCGCCAACCGCCCUCCCCUUUCCUCCUCCUCCUCAUUCUUCCCGGAGCUCCGCCGCACCAAGUCCUUCUCCGCCUCCAAGAACGAAGGCUUCUCCGGUGCCUUCGAGCCUCAGAGAAGGUCCUGCGACGUCAGAGCUCGCAGCACCCUCUUCUCCCUCUUCAACCAAGACGACGAACGCAAAAUCCCCAAAAAGGAAACCGAAGUCGAAACGAGAAACCUCGCUUCCUCUUCCGUCGUUCAAGGACCGGUCAUCGAGACCAAGGAAGAGGAGGAAGAUAUCAUCGUUGUAGAAGACGACGAGGACGAGGUUAGGGUUUUGGAAGAGCCAGAGCCAGAACCUAAACCGCAACUUGAACAAUCAAAUGUUAUUGAAGAUAGGGUUCAUGAAAUUGUAGAAGAGGAACCGGAAAUAGAAGCAGAAGCGGAAGCCGAAGUUUAUGUGGAAGCAGAAGAGGUAUUGAAGCCGAUGAAGGAGCACAUGGAUCUGGAUUCGCAAGCUAAGAAGAGUUCUGGACGUGAUUUCAAGGAAAUAGCGGGGAGUUUCUGGUCCGCAGCCUCGGUUUUCAGCAAGAAACUCCAGAAGUGGAGGCAGAAGCAGAAGAUGAAGAAGCGUGGAAGAAACGGCGCCGUUGUGGGGUCCCGUACGCUGCUGCCCGUGGAGAAGCCCAUUGGACGGCAAUUCCGCGAGACUCAGUCAGAGAUCGCCGAUUAUGGCUUCGGCCGGCGCUCCUGCGACACUGAUCCGCGGUUCUCGCUUGAUGCCGGGCGAAUGUCUUUUGACGGUGAUCCUCGGUACUCGUUCGACGAGCCCCGAGCCUCGUGGGACGGUUACUUGAUGGCAAGGUCAACCUUUCCCCUUCCUCCUAGGAUGCCUACAAUGUUGUCUGUGGUUGAAGAUGCUCCUGUUCAGGUUCUGAGAACUGAUACACUGAUUCCUGUGGAGGAACCAUUAACAAUGGCCAUGAAUGCUAUCAAUGAGCAUGAAGAUGAGACACUCCCUGGUGGUUCUGCUCAGACCAGGGAGUAUUAUUCUGACUCUUCCGCGCGGCGGAGGAAGAGUCUUGAUAGGUCUAGUUCCAUAAGGAAGACCGCCGCUGCUGUUGUGGCUGAAAUGGAUGAAUUGAAGCCUGUUACCAAUGCCAAUGCUAAGGUCACUCCUGCUGCUUCGGCUGAUUAUUUUCAUCCCUUGAGGGAUUCCAAUUCCAAUUCCUUGAGAGAUGAUAGCUCUGAGAUGAUUGAUGUCAGGUUUAGGGAUGGUAAUAAUGGGGGAAAGUGCAAUGGGGACCGGAAAGGAGGGUCUAAGAAGUCGUCCAGCCGGUGGAGCAAGGUUAUUUGGGGUUUUAUUCACCGGCGAGGUGGAGGAGGAGGCAAUAAGGAUGAGGAUGAGGAUAGUAGGUAUAGUAGAGGGAAUGGGAAUGGAAAUGGGGUGGAGCGGUCUUACUCGGAGUCAUGGCAAGAGUUUAGAGGGGAGAGGAAUCCUGAUGGUAGAGGUGGUUUUAAUCCAAAGGUUUUGAGGAGCAAUAGCUGCGUGAGUUGGAGAAAUGCUCAGGCUUUUGGUGGAUUUGGAGGUAUGAGGAAGAGUGAUGUUCAGGCUAAUGGGCAUCAUGGAAGGAAGGGAAGGGAUGAGUUUGUAUUGGAAAGGAACCGGAGUGCCCGGUACUCUCCUAACAACGGAGAUAACAAUGGGCUGUUGAGGCUCUAUUUAACGCCGGCACGAGGUGGCUGGAGAAAUGGAUCCGGGAAAGGCAGCAGGUCGAACCAGGCACACUCUAUUGCCAGAAGUGUACUUCGGUUGUAUUAA